AUGACGGGAGUGUUGUUGGGCGUAUUUGACGGCUACAUGUCGUUGGACCGCAAUGCGCUGACGUCUGAGACGAAAAUUGGCGGCACGCCGACGUACUUUCCGGCACUUUCGGAUGCUGAAAAGGCCACCAUUCGAGGAUGGACCACCUGCGGGGUGUGUGGCUACCCGAUGUUUCUUCUUCUGCAGGCCUUUAGUCCCCUGCCGUCGGCACCUGCUUUACACCACCACCGGAUGAUUUACAUCUUUUGCUGCAACUCUGCCGCAUGUGUAACGCAGCCAUCAUGCAGUUGGUGCGCCUUUACCCUUCAAGUGGACGCGGUGGAUGAAAAUGCGGCGGAGGACGAGGAACCCGAAGACAUGUCGCGGUGCGAUCCCUUGCGAUCGUCUGAACUGCCGCCCCAUACAUUUCCUCCGUGCUUUGUGGAAAUCGUAGCCGAACCAAAAAAAGAAAUUGUUGUACCAACCGAGUUAGAGGCUGAAAUGAUUCGGGCUUCGGAAGAAAAAGCCCGAAACGCUGGCAUCACAGAGGCCGAUAUAAAGGAGUUGGAACGGACGAUUGAUUUAAAGGACAAACCUUCCGAUCAUGAGUUUGAGAAAUUUCGAAGACGAAUGGCAAGGGAACCGAGACAAGUUCUUCGUUAUUAUGUGCGUGACCCAUUGGGGAAGAAGAAAAACGGAGCACCAGCACCAACUGCUUCGCCACUUUUUAUGCAUCCCAGAAAUGUGGGGAAUAGAGUUCGAAUUCCACCAUGUGACAGCUGUGGAGCUGCUCUCAUACAUGAAUUACAACUCAUGCCUACAUGUGUGUAUUAUUUGCGUGUUGGGGAAUACAUAGCGAGUGGGAAAUCCGCUUCGGAUGAGGGCGUUGAUUGGGGUUCAGUGACAGUUUUUGUCUGUUCAAACGACUGCUCGAAGGAUUGUUCGGGUGUGGUGCUGCGCAGGGCCUUUGUGCUUGUGGAAAAGGCCCCGGAGUUGGAAGACGAGGUGAGAGAAGCGGAUGGGCGACAAAACUUUCACUCAUUUAUAAAUUCUUCGUGA